GGAAGUUCAGUACUGGCGAACGAAGCGCUGUGGGAAACGCUCGUUCAGUAACUUGACGAGUACAUACGUUCUUGUUUGUGGCGUCGCUGAAACAAGUAAACGUUAGUGUUGCUAAUAAUAUUUGACGGUUUAUACCAUUCGUUGGCCCAAUUUGUGAGCCUUCUACAUGCACACCUCAAAUCCCACCACAAUGGGACGAGAACGGGACAGGGAUCGAGACCGUGAACGGUAUCACCGGCAUAGAUCUCAUUCCCGUGAACGAGAACCAGGGAGACGUGACAGAGACCGGGAACGUGAGAGGCGAGAUCGUAGGUCUCGUUCCAGGUCACGGUCAAGAUCCAGAUCUCCUCGAGGUUCCCAUCGAAGGUCUCCUGUUUAUAUGGCAGGACCUUCUGGAAGACAUGAGGAUGGUCCAUCACAAGAACUGUCAGCAGAGGAGAAGCAGAUGCGUGAGGUGCUGGGAUUUGCAUCUUUCCACUCCACAAAAGGUGUUCAACAUUUUGAGACAUGGGGUGCAACCUGUACAGAGGGGAAGAAGAGGGAGGAUUUGCCAGAUUAUGAAGAGUUUCAGAAGUGGGUAGAGAAGAGAAGAGAGAUAAAAUAUGAAGAAAGAAGGAAGGAAUUUGAAGAAAAAAAAGAAGCUUAUCGCAAGGACUUUGAGUCAAGGAAUAAUAGAGGCAGAGGAUGGGAUGGAAGGGGCAGAGGAACUUAUGGUAGAGAUGACAGAAACAGCUAUGGUCGAAAUGACAGAGGUGGUGCAUAUGGUCGAAGUGACAGAGGUGGUGCAUAUGGUCGAGAUGAUAGAGGCUAUAGUCGUGAUGACAGAGAAGGAGGAGGUUAUAGUCGAGAUGACAAAGGAGAAGGAGGAGGUUAUAGUCGAGAUGACAAAGGAGAAGGAGGAGGCUAUGGUCGAAAUGACAGAGGAAGAGGAGGCUAUGGUCGAGAUGACAGAGGAAGAGGAGGCUAUGGACGAGAUGACAGAGGAAAGGGACAGGGUUAUGACAGAGGUGGUGGCCAUGGUCGAGAUCAAGAUGACAGAGGAGGUGGCGGCUAUGGUCGAGAUCGAGAUGACAGAGGAGGUGGCUAUGGUCGAGAUCGAGAUGACAGAGAUGGUGGCUAUGGUCGAGAUCAAGAUGACAGAGAUGGUGGCUAUGGCCGAGAUCAAGAUGACAGAGGUAGUGGCCAUGGCCGAGAGGAAAAAGACCACAGUUAUGGCCAAGAUGACACAGGGGGAAGCAGAGAACAUAAUCAAGGAUAUGACAGAGACAAAGAUGAUUACUCACGCCCACCUAGAAGGCAUUCUCCUGGUGUGAAUUCAGGUCGAGAGUAUUCUUAUUCAAAAAGGGAAUCCAGCUUCAGUCGUGAUCCUUACUAGACAUGAUCUCUCUUACUCCACAGAAGAAAAAGCCAGAAUCAUCAGACGAUGGUUUGAUGAACAGCCAGACAUAAAACUUCUGGAGAGGCCGAGCAAAGGGUGUGAUCUCAACCCCAUCGAGAACGUAUGGAGAACCAUCGUUAGCUCAUGGGAGACGGACAGUGGCCGAACACCACAGCAACUCCUCCAACACACGAAGGAUGAGUGGGAGCGUUUUCGCAGAAAUCUUCAACAAAUUCUGUAUAAUACUGUAGCCUCUCUCCGAAACAGACUGCAAGAAGUAAUUGCUAAGAAUGGUGGGUGGAGAAAGUACUAACGUUGGAACUGGCUAUUCAACCACCCACCCCCCUCCAAGAUUCAUGUAUGACACUACUUCCACCUCUGACCUGGUUCGUAUUGCGACACUAAAUAAAGCAUAACAGAUAAA